AUGAGCUCCAAUGGUGGCGGCACAAUGUCGACUUCUUCUUUCCCUUCCUUCCCUCGCACCGUCUUCUCCUACACUGUGUCAACUUCCUUCUUCAUCGUUUUCUUCCUAUGCAGCGUCUUCCUCUUCACCAGACGCACUCUCGAACCUUCUCUCUCUCCUUACCACGCCGACAUCCCUCUCCCGGCGACCUCCUCCGAUCCACGCUCUCCCGCGGUCCUCCUCCCUCCAAUCGAGCCUCUCCCUUCCAAAGAUUCAACGCCUCAGGAUACCGAUGGUGACGUCACAGUAAAACCAAACCCAAAGGAGGAAGGAGGAGAUUCGCGCGGCGAUGAUGACGUCGCGGUAGGGACUAAGCUGAAAGCCGUGGAAGAGUCGCGCAGCGUUGACCUCCCGGGGAUAAACGAGCUCGAAGAAGGAGGAGGCUCGCGCGGGGAAGUGUCGGUCGAGGAAAAGGAGGAAAGCAAUGCGGAAUCUGUGGUGGUGGAGAAGAUGAGAGGCUGCGAUCUGUACAGAGGAUCGUGGGUUAAGGACGAUGAGUAUCCAUUGUAUCAGCCUGGAUCGUGUCCUUAUGUGGACGAAGCUUUCGAUUGCCAGAGGAACGGGAGGCGCGAUUCCGACUAUCUCAAUUGGAGAUGGAAGCCUGACGAUUGUGACCUUCCACGAUUGAACUCAAGUCAGAGACUGUCAUAUAGCAUUGUGUUCAUGAGUCACAUGAAUUUGUAUCACUUUCUUAUCGACUUUCCAAACAUUAGGUUUAAUGCUACAGAUUUCUUGGUGAAGCUACGAGGUAAAAGUUUGAUGUUGGUUGGAGACUCAAUGAACCGUAACCAGUUUGAAUCGAUGCUUUGCGUUCUCCGAGAAGGUUUAUCUGAUAAAAGUAGAAUGUACGAGGUUCAUGGCCACAAUAUAACCAAGGGGAGAGGCUACUUUGUAUUCAAGUUUGAAGAUUACAAUUGCACAGUAGAGUUUGUGAGGUCACAUUUUCUUGUGAGGGAAGGAGUCAGAGCAAAUGCUCAAGGGAAUACUAAUCCAACACUUUCGAUUGAUCGCAUUGACAAGUCACAUGCUCGAUGGAAGCGAGCCAACAUUCUUGUCUUCAACACUGGACAUUGGUGGGUUCAUGGAAAGACCGCCAGAGGGAAAAACUACUACAAAGAAGGUGACUACAUCUACCCGAAAUUUGAUGCGACUGAAGCAUACAGGAGGGCGUUGAAGACUUGGGCAAAAUGGAUCGAUUUGAAUGUGAAUCCACAAAAGCAGCUUGUAUUUUACCGCGGAUACUCCUCUGCCCAUUUUCGGGGAGGUGAGUGGGACUCGGGAGGGUCAUGCAAUGGGGAGGUGGAGCCGGUAAAGAAAGGUUCAAUCCUCGAUUCCUAUCCUUUGAAAAUGAAGAUAGUAGAGGAAGCUAUAAAGGAGAUGCAAGUUCCUGUGAUUCUUCUAAACGUGACUAAGCUGACUAAUUUCCGCAAAGACGGACAUCCGUCGGCCUACGGUAAGACCAACACGGAUGGUAAAAAGGUGUCGACAAGGCGACAGGACUGUAGUCACUGGUGUCUGCCCGGAGUUCCCGAUGCUUGGAACCAUCUUAUCUACGCGUCUUUGCUCCUUGAAGCACAUCCCUAA